AUGGCUGAUGUUGGCUACAACCAGACAUCACAAGGCACCUGGGUCGAAGGCGACGCGAUCCUCUACCGGGGCGUCGCAGCGAUACUUUGCAAGAACACCACUCUCCAUGUGGCGCUGGAAGGUGCGCAAGAGCCCAUCAGCGUAAGCUUGGGACGUGGCGGGGUCGCUCUGCUGGUGCGGGGGCAGGUAUUCCAGCGGGACGAGAUCCAGGCCCUUUCCUGGGGUGCGGUGGCCCGUGAGCUGGCGGAGCUCGAGGGCUUGCCGGAGAUUCGAAGGUAUUUGUCGGCUCUCCGGGGCUCUUUCUGGGCGGCCUACGUGCGCGAAGAGCAGGGAUCGAGAUGCCUCUAUGCCGCCACGGACCUCUCGGGGGUCAUGCCGAUGUGGCUUGGCCGGAGUGAGGACGGCUGCGAGCUCAUGGCAUCUGCGAUGUGGCCACGCAGACUUUUCCCCGCGGCCGUCGUCCCAAAUCUCCGUCAGGCUUGCCCACGCAUGGUUUACCGCCUCGCCGCCUCGGGCUGGGCGUCCUCGGCGCCCGAUCCUUUCCAUGGGCUCCAUGCGCCGAUCACUUCGGGCACCUCGGAGAGCUCGGCGCUCGAAGCGCUCGUGGUCCAAGCAGCCCGGCGCUGCGUGGCUGGGGAGGAUAAGAAGAUCAAGAACAAGUACGCCUACCCAGAAGACUUGCUUGUGGCGGAAGCAGCUGCCAGAGAGAUGAACUUGGAAUGGAAGCAUCACGUCAUGGACCUGACUGAGGACGGGCUGCGCGUGGUGCUUAGCGGCCUGGGUUCCGAGGAGGCCUUCGCCGGCUACCAGCGCCACGCCAGGGCCUGCGUAGCCGGGGACGAGGCAACCUCCCGGGAUCGCACCCUGGGCUUGGCGCAGAUGUGGCACCGCGAUCUGCAGCGCGACUUCAUCCUCGCGUCCUUGGCGGGCGUGGAGAUUCGUUACCCAUUUUUGGACGCCGACCUCCUGGAUGUAGCCCUGCACCUGCCGGCUGCAGAGAUCUUGGCAAACGAUGCGGCUAAACGGAGGGACCAGGUGGCGGGAGAAGGCAAUCCGUUUCAUCAGGCAGAUUUCGUCAUGUCCGUGCCCGGCGCAUCCCACUCUCCAGUAGCGCUGCUGCUGACCAGUGGGUAUCACAGCAUUCAGGUGUACUGCCUCUUGACAAGUUGGCGCUGUGAGAUUUCUUGUGUGGUGGGCUCUGUGAAUGAUGGGGGCCGGGCCGCAGCCUUCGCCAGAUCCGUGCAGCUGCCGCUUCUGGACAUGAAAGUUUCCAUGUCAAAGCAUGGCUAUGACAUGGAGUCCCUUACGGAUGCACUGAAAGCAGCGAAGGAGCACUACGACAUAGAAGGGGCUGCUUGCGGCCACGUGUGCGAUCUGGAUCUUUGGGGUGGUGUGGCCGCGGCCUGCGAUGUAGUGGGCCUGCGCGCCUAUGCCCCAGAGUGGGGUGCCUGCUCGGAGGUUCAGUCCAGUAUGCGCCGCCUCGUCCAUGAUGGUACGGUCCUCCAGCUGACGAAGUUUCCCGACCCUGCUUUUCUGGGCUGUACCGUUGCAACCCCAGGAGAGGCAGAUGAAGUUCUAUCUACGUUGCGCAGCAUCUGUGGACCUCAUGCGACCGACGACACAGAUGGGGGCUACGUGGAUUGUGAAUUCGUAUCCAAUCGUUUCUUGCCUUGCGGUGUCCGCGAGAUCAAGGGCUUAAGCAUCAGUGACAAAGUGCGCUCAAGGGAAGCCCCUGCUCACGAAGGGACUUCGGAAAAUGGCUCACCAGCAAUUCGGAGGUCGGGACAGCUGGUGCUGGUAUUAAGAUUCCCUUGCAGUCCCUACCCAUAG